AGCAGAGCGGAAACCUCUUCAAAACCAAAGCCGUCAGCCCGGCCAGAGUUUCGGCGCAUUCGGGUUCGAGUUCAGCGGACACAAUCCAUUCCACUGUUUCAGUAACGACACAACAAGGAGCAGAAGCGUGAAAUCUGCCUGCGGCACAGCCUGGCACUUGGAGGGAACGAGGUAAGCAGAAGAGAAUUGCGUUUGAUUUCCAGGAGUAAAGAACUUGACGCUGCAUAGCGUGGCUUGCGAAGUUCCUCACCGGCCAAGUAGGAGGGCAUGGCAAACGAAGGUACCUAUGAUUAUUUUCUGAGCUACGAUGACAAUGAAUCUUAUCAUGAUGACAGAAACUACACCAUUGACUACUUUCAGUACAACCACCUGUGUGAGAAAGAUGAUGUCAGACGAUUUGCAAAAUAUUUCCUGCCACUGUUCUAUGGAGUAACGCUGAUAGCCGGGCUUGCUGGCAACUUUCUGGUGGUGGCCAUUUAUGUCAUUUACAAAAGGAUCAAAUCCAAGACAGAUCUGUACAUCAUGAACCUCGCCAUUGCUGAUUUGCUGCUGCUGGUUACUCUUCCUUUUUGGAUAGCCCACUCUGUCCACGGAUGGGUAUUUGGAGACAACAUGUGUAAAAUCUGCUCAGUGUUGUUCGAAGUGAAUUUCUGUGCCAGCAUGCUGUUUUUAGCUUGCAUCAGUGUUGAUCGCUACCUUGCCGUUUCCAAGACAACCAGGCCAAUCACAGUGGGGAAGAAGGCUAAGGUCAUGUGUCUGUGUGUCUGGCUGGUGGCUGUAGUCCUCAGCACUCCCUAUUUCAUUUUCUCCUCAACCAAGAAGUAUGAUGACAGGCAGAUCUGCAGCCUCCUUUUCCCUCCACAGAAGGCCAAGACAGCCAGGGUGAUAGUCCAGGUCUUUGACAUCCUCCUGGUAUUUGCAAUCCCAUCACUGGUUAUGCUGUACUGCUAUUCCGCUGUGGCCAAGGUGGUUUACAAGGGUGCAGGUGGAAGGAGACACAGGGCACUCAGAGUACUCCUGGCAGUCGUGGGGUUCUUUUUCUUAACUCAGCUGCCAUACAACAUCAUCAAAUUCUGCCGCCUGCUCGACGUGAUCCAUGUGUUCAUCCAGGACUGUGAGAUCAGUAAGAGGGUGGAUAUCGCCACGCAGAUCACGGAAUCUAUCGCAUUGUUUCACAGCUGCCUCAACCCAAUCCUGUAUGCCUAUAUGGGAGCGUCAUUCAAAGGGUACAUCCUAAAAGCAGUCAAGAGGAGCAGCUUUUGGCGCCGGAACCAGGACAACACCAUUGCUCUCGAGAGCUCCUUCAACUCUCUGACCCAGUCAGAGCAUACAAGCAGUUUCUCCAUCUAGCAAUGCAACUGAAUGGAGAUUCUGGCAAAGGAAACCUUUGAGGAUUCCUAACUGGAAUUUCCACCCUGUCUCUGGUGCCUCUUGACUUUACCCCCAAGAGGACUGGCUAAAAUGUGUAGACAUUAUUCCCUAAACCCACGCCCCUCCCAUCCCUGUCCUACACCCCUCGCCCAUCCCCCAUUUUUUUGCAUUAUCACUCUAAGUACUAAAGAACUCAAGCCUUUUUGCAUUAUCGUUAUUCAUAAUUAACCCUUAAGAGUCUAAGUAUUAUUCUGAGCAUCUAUACUCACUAUCCCCAGGGGCCGUAUAUCCUUCCCUAGGUGUGGAGCCCAGACCAUUGUCAAGCCCUGGUGUGGUCUAACAAAGGGUUUACACAGACUCCCUGCAUACUCAGUAGUCACUUUAUUUGCUCUUCUGCCGCUGUAGCCCAUCCAUGUCAAGGUUUGACGUGUUGUGUAUUCAGAGACACUCUUCUGCACACCACUAUUGUAAAAUGUGGUUAUUUGGGUUACUGUCGCCCUCCUGUCAGCUUGAAACAGCCUGGAAAGUAUCCUCUGACCUCUCUCAUUAACAAGGCAUUUUGCCCACAGAACUGGUGCUGACCGGAUCUUUCUUUGUUUUUCACACCAUUCUCUGUAAACUCUAGAGACCGAUGUGCAUGAAAAUCCAAGGAGAUUCUGAGAUACUCAAACCACCCCAUCUGGCACCAACAAUCAUCCCACAGUCAAAGUCCUUCCCCAUUGUGAUGCUCGGUUUGAACAACAACUGAAACUCUUGACCAUGCUUUUAUGCAUUGAGCUGCGAGCUGAUGAACGAGCAGUGGACGGGUAUACCUAAUAAACUGACUCUGCCUCAGUUACUAUUAAAGCAGCCUGAUCUUAGAAUUCUAAUGUAAGUUAACAACUUAUUGCAGUUGUAAAUGAGCAGUCUGAUUCUGAAAGCUAAUUACAGAUCUGUAUUUGUUUUCUAUGCUUUAACUGCACAAGCUCCAACCUUGAAAUUAUUCCAGUCACCACUUUUACAAGGCUAUCUAGCCCUCGUAACUUCUCUAUCCUGUCUCCCAUAUAUUUUGCUUCUACUUCAAAGUCUUUUUCAACCAUCCCUUUUGGACUUCCAUAUACCCUCUCCUCUGCUCUUCCCUCUCAUCACCAUUUGCAUUAGCUGGUGCUCAACCUCCCUUCUCCUCAAAGCCAGAAGGUUCAAGCUUCAGUCUAGAUGCUCAAGUUAUCUCCAUAUCAUUUCAAGAGGAAUAUUUCAUUGUGGAUAGUUUUUCAAGUAGGACAUUGAACUGAGAUUCCAUUGACUGUUUCUGGUCAUUGCCUCAUAGUGUUUGCUUUAUUUUCCAAGUGACUGUAGUAUCCACACUAUGAAACUACUGUACUUAUUGAGCUGUAAACUAUUGCGAAGCAUUGCAAAUGGUGUAGAAAUAUAUAUUUCUUGUAUUUACUGAUUUGAUGCAAACUGAAGAUGAAACUAGCAUGGUUAAAAUGCUUUGCCCAUCAAGGCUGUUAUCAUACAAGUGUCUGCUGUGGUUCUGAAAUGCAGCCGCCCAUCUCAAAAGCCAGAAUCAGAGAAAGAUCCUGUGCUGUGCGAGUCCAUUCAACCCUAAUGGAAAACAAAUAAAAGUCCAGAUACUGGAAUCUGAAACAGAAACAAAACUUCUGGCAGUACAGCUGUAGAAAAAGAAACUAUAGGUUGAAGACCCGUCCACAGUUUGAAGUUCUUCCAGCACUUUGGUAUUGAUUCAGAACUCAUCGUCUAUUGUGUCUGUGCCAAUAAAUUCAAAUGUAACACUGCCUGCCAUGAGGAAAUCUAACACAGUUCACAUCUGCCUCUGAGCGGAAUUACACAGGGAAUGAACAGUUUCAGUAAGUUGCUCAAUAGUAUCUUGAUGGAAAUAAUACUCUUCAAAUCACAAUACGAUAUUUCAAACACUAGCACUGGCCUGUGCUUUAUCCCAAAGGUUCUCAAAUAUUUUACAGAAGUGUAUUCAGCUGCUGCAAUGCGGAGCAAAUACUUAUUCUCUUGUUAAUUCAUAAGUUCCCGAUUGUAAUCCAUAUAUUGUAAUCUAUAAAUGGUAACCAAAUAUAAUUAAGCAUCUUGCAUAUUGAAA